ACGUCGAGUCGGUUGCGAGUGGCUCAGCGGCGCUUUUCUCAUCCGUGAGAAAAAUGUUGUCCGCUGUUUGUCGUCGCAGGUCGCUGCCUCCGCGUCGAGGAUAAAAAACGAGGACGUUUCAUCGUGUCGGGAACAUUUUCGAGCACUUUUAGUCGGUUGUCAAGCCAUGAUUUGAGAGGUGCUAAAGUUUGCAUUUUCCCUGCGGAAGAGGACUUUUGGCAUGCUGACACUCACACAUGCAUCAGACGCAUACAGCUCGAUCAUGUCUCAGUCCGAACCCAAUACUAAGGUGCUGGACUGGUUAUGCAAGCUGCGUUUGGAGCAGUACAUGGAAGCAUUUCAGAGUGCUGGGAUGGAAACACUGCACGAGUGUCUGAACCUCACACCAAAUCAGCUGGAUCGAAUGGGCAUCACCAGGCCAGGUCACCAGAGACGCAUCCUGACCAGUCUUAACAAUAUGCACAGUGUUCAUAACGCAGAGCAAACAGGUCUUGCUGAAGUCAUGCGAAAAGAAGUACCUGUUCCUGUCCCUGUGUGGGGAGAAAAUCUGGAAGGAGACAAAAGAGAUGAAGAGACAUGGAGACCGACUCCUUGUGAGAGACGUAAACCAGUCCCAAAGCAAAGGUAUUGGUCUAAAACACAGGAGAACAGUGAAGAAGAAGCACUAAAGCCCGUUCCAGGAAAAAGAAGCUCGGUACCUGCUGAAAAAAAAGAUGACAGCAAUUUAGAAAUGGAUGAAGAAAAGGAAAAACCCAUACCAAAACAGAGGACUAAAUUUUGCACAAGUUCUCCAAUCGACUGCUACGCUGCCUCCCAUGUGCCUUCAUCGUCUGACUAUUCCCUACCCCCUGUACCCCCACGCAUUAAUAACUGCCCUCUACAGCACUUCACCACUUCCCAGAGUCUCUCACCACGCUCUUUACAUUCUGGUUGCUUGAGAACAGAUCAACAAAGUACCUUAACCCCACCUGUACUGUGCAGAUCUCUGCCUUCAGUUUCUAGUUCUAUCAGUACCCCUGUUCCCACUGAAGCACCAUUCCCCAUUCCCAACAUCCAGUUCACUGAAAGUAGGCCACAGACAUUGGCCAUUCAACCAUCUGUCCUAACUUUAAGUAGUGUUGGAGUUAAAAAGACUUCACCUGUCAAUCCUGGCCCGUCUGCCUCCGAAGUAAAAAGUAUUCCACCUCUUCCUCCAAAAGUGUUAGGAGGACCUAAGGGCCCACCACCAAUACCACAGCGGGUUCAAGCACCGUCUCCCAGGACUCACAGCUUACCCAUAACCAAGACUGGAACAGAUGAGCUCAUGCCGACGGACCAUAUUCCACCCCACAACAGGGCAUCUUCAAUGCUAGAAAGCAGCCAGGAACCAACUCGUCUGGAUGCACAGCCAGCGCUGCCUCCAGGGAGGUCCCCACAACUUCCAAGCUCUGGUUCAGUCGAUGAGAACUCGGAUGAUUACGAGGAUCCGGACUUGUUUUACUCCAGUGUUCAUCAGAACAACAUGGCAGACGGGGAAAUGUCCCUACAAGUACCUAAACAACAAGAAAUGUGUUACAGUUUCCUGGACAGUGAUGACGAGUGCUUGGACGGUGACGACCUUUGGCAGGACAAAAGCCCCAGGAGCCCAUCUAGCAGUUUUCACCUGCCACACACCAGCAGACCCUCUCCACCCAUUAAAGAAGACAACUCUCAACCCUCUGCUGUCAUCAAGAUGGGAUGGCUGGACAAGAAUCUACCUCAGGGGGUUCUUUACCAGAGACGAUGGGCCAAGUUGGAUCCUGACUAUCUGAGAUACUUUGACAAUGAAAAGGAUGUGUACUCCAAGGGGAUCAUUUCAACAGCGUUCAUCAGUUGUGUGAACAGCAUAGGGGAGCUUAAGUUUGAGGUCGUCACAAGCAAUCGGACUUUUACCUUCAAAGCUGAAAGUGAAGCUGAAAGAAACAACUGGGUGAGCUCACUGCAGGGCUGCACCAGGGGGCGCCAGCGACAAAGCAUCAUUAAUCUUGUUUCCACAAUAAACCCCGAUCAUCAGGGAUAUUUGGAGCUCAGAGGGCUACGCUGCAAAUAUUAUACUGUUGUCGCCUCAGAUAAAGUCUUUCUCUACAAAAAUCUAGAGGAUUAUCGUAUUGGAGUGGGGAUCACAUCUAUUGACAUGAAUGUUGGCAAUAUUAAAGAAUCAGAUCGUCGGAGCUUUGAUCUCACAACCCCUUAUCGCACCUUCAAGUAUUUUUGGAGCUCGGUAAUGAGCGGGUGAACAGUUUCUGGGCAGCUAAUGUCCCUCCAAGUGAAGCUUUAACGCCCUCAAGCAGUAGCGAGGACAGACGGCGCUUCAUCACCAACAAAUAUCGCCAGGGCAAAUACAGGAAGUACCAUCCUUUGUAUGGUAACCAGAGUGAGCUCAACAACGCUCUUUGCAUAAAUGUGCAGUGCAGCGAUUUGCUGGAGACUUUGAGCCUGAUUUUCUGCGGUGCAGAAGUGAAUUGUUCGACUGGUAUGGAAAAAUGUCCAACCCCUGAAUACAUCGCCAGUGCACAUUCACAACCCCUGCAGGCCGAAAUAAUCAGACAUAACCUCAACACAGAGCUGCCACAGUUACAAGUAGACAGCAGUAUGGAUCUGGAACAUUACCAGCCGUCACCAUGUGCGUCUUACACGGGCUUUCUGUUCAAAACUGCCUCCAUGACCCGGGCUGCCACAGAACGCAAGCCCAAAGAGGAGUUCAGUCGUCGUUGGUGCACGUUAAACGAUGGCAUCUUCAGCUACUAUGAAAGUGACAAGAACUCCAACCCUAACGGAGUGAUAAAGGCGUCAGAGCUGCUCUGUUUGGCUGUCGACACACCUGAGAAACAUGGGUUUGAAUAUACCUUUGAACUGUACUCUGAAAAUGAGCGUAUUUAUCUGUUCGGCACUGAUGAUGCAGACAGCCACAAGGAGUGGGUCAAGUGCCUUGCCAAGAGCUUUAUCCCAGCCUCUGCAGAGCCUUUGCUGCGGUUGAGUUUUGAUCGGAUUGGACGUCUAAAGUGUAAAGACGGCCUGAACCUACAAAAAUCCAAAGUAGGCUGGUUUGCUCUUGUUGGCUCUACGCUUCACUUCUACCUGGAGGGCAGCAAAGGAGAAGAGAUCCACCUCCGCCGAGUGAAUGAACUUUCAAUUCAACAAGACAGUGAAGUGUUGGUUCUUGUCGAGAGGGGAAGAACUUUAUACAUCGAGGGAGAAAGGAAGCUGGACUUUGCUGGCUGGUGCGGGGCCAUCCAGGCAGCAGGAAAGAGCGGAGGAGACUGUCUGAGCCAGCAGCAGCUCACAGAGACAGACGUUCCUGUCAUCGUACUCAGCUGCAUUGACUACAUCACACAGUGCGGUUUGAUGUCUGAAGGAAUUUAUCGCAAGAGUGGUGUGAAUUCCCGUGUGGCAGCUUUGUGCGACAGGUUCCGCCAAGACGCUCGCAGUCUUCGUCUGAAGGAAGGGGACCAUCAGGUAGACGAUGUCACCAACGCACUUAAACGCUUCUUCAGGGAGUUAGAAGAGGGACUUUUUACGUCGGGGGACGCCAAGACGUGGCUCAGUGUCACCGGCAUUCAGGAUGAAAGGGAAAAAAUCACACAGUACAAGCUCCUGCUGGACAGACUUCCUCGUGUCAACAAGGCUACACUACAAGCUCUUAUCAACCACCUCUACUGUGUGCAGCGUUAUUCUGAGCUAAAUCAGAUGAACCUCCACAACCUGGCCAUAGUGUUUGGUCCCACUCUGUUUCAAACCGAUGGACAGGACUACACAGCCGGCCAGGCCAUUGAGGACCUCAUACAGCACUACACACUCAUCUUUGAGGUGGGUGAACAACAGCUAAGCAAGCAGCUGGACGAGAUCAAAGCCAUCAUUGACCUGCGAAAUACACACACCACAAAAUUUCCUCCCUAUCAGAAAAAGGAGGGUGACGGCCACUUCAUUUGUACAGUGUACUUGCAAGAAACUGUGCCGGAAGAACAACUUGUCAAAGUGCCUGGUUCCAUGACCGCAGCAGAGCUGACAUGUGAGGUUUUGGACCGACGUAACAUUCUAGUUAGAGAAAAAGAUUACUGGACCUGCUGGGAGGUCUGUGAUAAAGAAGAUAUGGAACGUCUCCUGCACUAUCAGGAGCGAGUCUUGCCCAUCCUUCACUCUAUUGGAGCUGAUUCCCGUCUGCUAAUCAAGAAACAUCCUGAUAUAGAGGCUAUGAAGGCCUUCCUGGCCAAUAAAAUGGAUGUAUCCAAACAUGGAAUAAUGAAGUUCAGAGAAGAACGAAGCAUCUUGGGAUUGGGGCUGCCGUCUGGAAAUUUCCACGAACGAUUCUUCAUUCUCAACGUCACCUCGCUCAGAAUGUACAAGGAUGUCAGAAGUAACCGUCCAGAACGAGAAUGGCCGGUGAAAAGCUUGAAGGUUUACUUAGGAAUCAAGAAGAGACUCCGUCCUCCCACACUUUGGGGCCUGACGGUAAUGUAUGAGAGCAAGAAACAAGAGAAACCAGAGAAGCAGCAGUGGUAUGUCUGCUGUGAAAAUCAGUCUGAAAUGAGGGAGUGGUACGCCACACUUCUUAGUAUUCAGUAUGACGGUGACCUGUGGCCUCAGGAAGGACUCCCGCAGACCCGGGUGGGCCGCACUCUUCCAGAUACGCGCCAACGUAAUGUGGUACUGAUACCGCUGCGUGGCAGUGAGAAUGAGAUGCGGAACAGCGUAGCGGCUUUCAGCCAAGACCCGCUUGCUCUCUAUAGAGAUGUGCGAUAAUGCUUACAGCAACAACGAGGUUGGAUGGAGGGGCCCCUGAAUAUUCCAUUAACUUCAUCUGUGCAGACCAGAGUGACGGACGCUCAGAAAAACACAGACUCCUUUUCUUACAGUGGAAUGUGACUUUCCACCUUAAAGGAUCCACAAAUAAAUCAACUGGAUCAGAUGAAAACCUACACUGCUUUCUGGGUCACUAUGCACUGAUGGAUGGUGGUUGGACGGAUGGAUGGAUGCAGCGGGAAGCUUUAGCAUUAAAAACAAAAAGAGACGGUGAUCACCGAAGAGCUCCCAACUGUUUCCGACUUGUUGUGAAGCAGCUUUUUUCCCACUGGGAUCCAAAACAGAAAAGACACUGCAGGAAACUGAUUUCUCUGGUGUAUUUGUAUAAAAAACGUCUUAAGUUAGUUAUUUGUAGCUCCAACACCGAGUGCCUGAACUUGUAAUAAUUUAAUAAAGGCAUUUGUAGCUGAAUAUGUGUUUAACCACUUUACUGAAUCAUUGCUAUAAGAGUGCAGCUCAGAAAUCAACAUUUAUGAAGGAAGGGAGACUGAUCUGGCUUCAUCUGGACUGGGACUGAAACAAAAUGUCAAUAUCUGCUGAAAAUCUGUGCAAAACCUUCUUCUGAGUUUCAGAGUACCAGAUUUGUGCUCGUGUUGACUUCAAUGAUGAAGCAGCGAGUUAUUCUGUGUGAGAGAGUGGUUUCAGAGGCACAAAGAAGUCGGUCUGAAAAGUUGCAGCUUUGAGUAAAACGU